AAACGCUAAAACAAUCCAAAGUCAUCCUUGCACACACGCCACUGCUGCUAGUCGAUCAGUCUGUUUCUCCCGUCCAGGUUUCAGGGGGAGGCGCCAUGAAGUACUUGGGGCAGCUGGUGGUGGCGCUCCUGGCCUUCUCGGCGGUGGUGCUGAUGAUGGCGCCGGCGGGCGCGGACGCGGCGACCUGCAACGCGCUGCAGCUGACCCCGUGCGCGGGGGCAAUCAUCGGGAACGCGGCGCCCACGGCGUCGUGCUGCAGCAAGAUGAGGGAGCAGAGGCCGUGCAUGUGCCAGUACGCGCGCGACCCCAACCUGAAGCAGUACGUCAACUCCCCCAACGGCAAGAAGGUCCUGGCUGCCUGCAAGGUGCCCGUGCCAUCCUGUUAAAUCGACGUAUAUGGUCAGAGAUGAGAGAGCAGAGCUGCAUGUGUUCAUGUGUGAGUGUGUUUGGUUGCCGUGUGUAGCUACCCCGAUGUAUCUGUAUCUGAAAUUCUGAAU